GGAGGUGUUGAUGACAACGAGCCUGCAGCCAUUGCCGACAAGCUCCGGCUGAUUGAUGCCAUCCAACGACUAGGUGUUGGGUAUCACUACGAGACUGAGAUCGAAGAAGCACUCGAGAAAGUGCAUGCACUUGGAGAAGACCUAUUCGCUAUCCGUGACGAUCAUAGUGACGGUGAUAGUACUACCACCGAUGAUCUCUACAAUGUUUCUCUUCGGUUUCGACUCCUCAGACAACAAGGUCUUCAUGUUUCCUCAGAUGGGUUUAGAAACUUGAAGGACAGUGAAGGCAAGUUCAAAGAAUGGUUGGCUUCGGAUGGACAAGGACUUCUGAGCUUGUACGAGGCGGCUCAUGUGGCGGUUCAUGGAGAAGACAUAUUGGAUGAAGCAUUGAGCUUUGCUACCAAGGCUCUCAAGACCGUUCUCCCCCAACUCAGCCCUUCCUUUCAAAAACAAGUUAAGUUUGCCCUGGGUCUUCCUUCUUGGAAAUGUGUCCCAAGGUCACUUGCUAGGAACUACAUCGAUUUCUAUUCCGAAGAUGCCUCCCACGAUUACAAGCUCCUCAGAUUUGCAAAGUUGGACUUCAACAUGCUGCAGAAAUUACAUCAGCAGGAGCUUCGUCGAAUUUCUGAGUGGUGGAAAAGUCUCAAAGUUACGACCAAUUUCCCACAUGCAAGAGACAGACUUGUGGAAUGCUAUUAUUGGAUCUAUGCCGUGUACUUCGAGCCCAAGUAUGAGUUGGCAAGAAUUAUGUGCACGAAGAUCAUUUCAAUGCUUUCACUUUUGGAUGACACUUGUGAUAACUUUGCUACAUACCAAGAAGUUAAGAUGCUCACAAAAGCUAUUGAAAGUUUCCAUGAGAGCGCUCUUGAAGAACUACCUGAAACGAUGAAGAAUUUGUAUCGUAUCAUCAUUGACCUAUACGACGAAAUUGAGGUGGAACUUGCAAAAACCGGACCUACUUUUGCUGUCAACUAUGCAAAGGAAGAGCUCAAGAAAAUAUGUCGAGCUCACUUGGCUGAGAUCCAGUGGCGUACUGAAGAUCAUGUUCCAACAUUGGAGGAGUACAAGAUCGAUGCUUAUGUUACUAGUGGUUUUCCAAUCCUUUGUACAUCUGCUUUCGUCGGGAUGGGAGCAGAAAUAGCCAGUAGAGAGGCCUUCGAAUGGGUGACCAACGAACCCAAGAUGGUUAGAGCUGCAUCUGUCAUUUCUAGGAUCCAAAAUGAUAUUGUCUCUCAUAAGUGGGAGCGUGAGAGAAGUCAUGCAGCUUCAGCAAUAGAAUGCUACAUGAAUGAGCACGGGGUAUCAGAGGUGGAAGCAGUCAAAUUUUGUUGGGAGGAGAUUUCUAGAGCUUGGAAAGACAUUGCAGAAGAGUGUCAGAAACCAACUCCAUUACCAGUAACCUUGACAGAACGUGUUCUUAACUUUGCACGCUCAAUCAGUGUGAUUUAUGAGAAUGGUGAUGGCUACACUCAUUCUCACCUUUUGAAAGAACACAUCGAUUCAUUGUUAGCUGAUCCCGUUCCUCUCUGA